GCCGGGGCUCCCCGCCGCUUCGGGGGGCGAGGAGGAGGCGGCCGGGCGGCGCGCAGUCCCCGCCGUCCCGGGGUCGCGAGGCCGGGCCCCGGGUGUUGCAUGCGGGGCGGGGUGGCUGUGAGCGGAGGCGAAGAUGGAAGGUUUAACGCUGAGCGAUGCGGAGCAGAAAUACUACUCGGAUCUCUUCUCCUACUGCGACAGCGAGAGCACCAAGAAGGUGGCGGCCCACGGGCGGGUGCUGGAGCUGUUCCGGGCCGCACAGCUGCCCAGCGACGUGGUCCACCAGAUUAUGGAGCUUUGUGGUGCAACUAGACUUGGUUAUUUUGGAAGAAGUCAGUUCUAUAUUGCUUUGAAACUUGUAGCUGUUGCCCAGUCUGGCUUCCCUUUAAGGGUGGAAAGUAUAAAUACAGUAAAGGACCUUCCUCUGCCAAGAUUUGUUGCUUCAAAGAAUGAACAGGAAUCUCGUCAUGCAGCCUCAUAUUCUUCAGAUUCUGAAAAUCAAGGGUCUUAUUCUGGUGUAAUUCCCCCACCACCGGGCAGGGGGCAAGUGAAAAAGGGAUCCACAAGCCAUGAUACUGUCCAGCCUCGUACAUCUGCAGAUCAGCAGGAACCUGUAUCCCCAGUAGUUUCGCCACAGCAGUCUCCACCAACUUCUCCACACACAUGGAGGAAGCACAGCCGCCAUCCCAGUGGAGGAAACAGUGAGAGGCCUCUUGCAGGACCUGGGCCAUUUUGGUCUCCCUUUGGUGAAGCACAAUCAGGUUCUUCUGCUGGUGAUGCAGUAUGGUCAGGGCAUUCUCCACCUCCACCUCAAGAAAAUUGGGUCAGUUUUGCAGAUACUCCACCAACCAGUACUCUUUUAACCAUGCAUCCUGCUUCUGUCCAGGACCAGACAACAGUACGAACUGUAGCAUCAGCUACAACUGCCAAUGAAAUUCGUAGGCAAUCCAGUAGUUAUGACGAUCCCUGGAAAAUAACAGAUGAACAAAGACAGUAUUAUGUAAAUCAAUUUAAAACCAUUCAGCCUGAUCUAAACGGAUUUAUUCCAGGAUCUGCAGCUAAAGAGUUUUUUACAAAAUCAAAACUUCCUAUUCUUGAACUUUCUCAUAUUUGGGAACUCUCAGACUUUGAUAAAGAUGGAGCCUUGACACUGGAUGAGUUUUGUGCUGCUUUUCAUCUGGUAGUUGCUAGGAAGAAUGGCUACGACUUACCGGAAAAACUCCCUGAAAGCUUAAUGCCCAAACUGAUUGAUUUGGAAGAUUCAGCAGACGUUGGGGAUCAGCCAGGUGAGGUAGGUUAUUCAGGCUCUCCUGCAGAAGCACCUCCAAGCAAGUCUCCAUCAAUGCCGUCACUAAACCAGACUUGGCCCGAGCUGAAUCAGAGCAGUGAGCAGUGGGAGACAUUUAGUGAACGCUCUUCAAGCUCACAAACUCUGACCCAAUUUGAUUCUAACAUUGCACCAGCUGAUCCUGAUACUGCUAUUGUUCAUCCAGUUCCCAUUCGUAUGACUCCAAGCAAAAUCCACAUGCAGGAAAUGGAACUUAAAAGAACUGGCAGUGAUCAUACUAAUCCCACUAGCCCAUUACUUGUGAAAACAUCUGACCUUUCAGAAGAAAAUAAGAUAAAUUCAUCAGUGAAAUUUGCUUCUGGAAAUACUGUAGCAGAUGGUUACAGUAGUUCAGACUCUUUUACUUCGGAUCCAGAACAGAUUGGGAACAAUGUAACUCGUCAAAGGUCUCAUUCAGGAAUGUCGCCUGAUAACACUGCACCACCACCUCCCCCUCCAAGGCCUCAGCCCUCUCAUUCUAGAUCGUCAUCUUUAGAUAUGAAUCGGACCUUUUCAGUCACCACAGACUUGUGUGUUCACACAGGACAGCAACAGGCUGGAGUUGUUGCCCAACCUCCUGCAGUGCCUCCAAGACCACAGCCCUCACAGGCUCCUGGUCCCGUUGUGCAUCGCCCAGUGGAUGCCGAUGGCCUAAUAACUCACACUAGUACCUCACCUCAGCAGAUACCAGAACAACCAAAUUUUGCAGAUUUCAGCCAAUUUGAAGUAUUUGCUGCAUCAAAUGUAAAUGAAGAACAAGAUGAUGAAGCCGAGAAACAUGCAGAGGUCUUGCCGGUUGAAAAAGCUUCUGAUCCUGCAAGUUCUCUUCGAGUUGCCAAAACAGAUAGUAAAAUUGAAGAGAAGACAGCUGCUAGCGCUCCCGCCAAUGUGAGCAAAGGCACAACACCUCUUGCUCCACCACCUAAACCUGUUCGAAGGAGAUUAAAAUCAGAAGAUGAAUUAAGGCCAGAAGUUGAUGAACAUACACAAAAGACAGGUGUCCUAGCUGCUGUUCUUGCAUCACAACCUUCUAUUCCUAGGUCUGUUGGAAAAGAUAAGAAAGCUAUUCAGGCGUCAAUUAGACGCAAUAAGGAAACCAACACAGUUUUGGCCAGAUUGAAUAGUGAAUUGCAGCAACAAUUAAAGGAUGUUCUUGAAGAGAGAAUUUCCCUGGAAGUUCAACUGGAACAACUUCGACCGUUCUCUCACCUAUAAGCCAAUUGCCGUUAACUGUGAACAUACCCAUUUUUAAGCGGUUUUGGGUUCAAAGCCAAUUUGGAGACCCAGACAUUCAGCUCACUGCUUAAUUCAACAUUAAAUUGUAUGAUUCUGUUUCGCCCUAUGUGUUCACCAUUGUAUUUAAGUACCUUUUAUUUUUUAAUUGCAACAAUAAAAGGGUCAGGAUGACUUCGUGGAGGGUGUGUUGUGUUUGUUGGCACAGCCCGCCCUUGUUGCUCCAUAGCGUUAGGAGUACAUCCAUAACAUUGGUCCAUUAUACUUAUGUGACCAGAACCGCUCACUGCUUGGAUUUACAGAACGGGCUUCUCAUUUACACCUCGAGCACAGACUCAGAAAUAUUUACAGAAGGAGACAAAAUUAAAUAAACUGUCAGUUUGUCUUUAGGUUUAAUACUUAA